CUUACAAACCUAACCUCGUUACGAUCAGCUGUCAACACAAUUACAAACCCUUACAUAAUUUUAAAUAAAAAAAUUAUAAAAGGGACCCAAAAUGCUUAUCACUCGCUACGAUCCCGACGCCAAACGGUAUCAUUAUUUCGAUACUCCGGAUGGCGAGGAUUUGCCUCAAAAAUUAUGGUGUGUUAUGAGGCCCACCAUUAUGGCUGCCUCUGCAAUUGGGAUGUGUGAUAUUCUUUUAUGGAGUCACCCCAAAGGGUACACUGCGACUGCUCUACGCUUUGCAGCUGUAAGCUUGCCAAUAGUUGGUAUUGCUGGCACUUUUGUUUUGGCAACCAACACCAUCGCAAGUAUCAGGAAAAAGGAUGAAAGAAAAAACUGGUUCCUUGGUGGUUUUAUUGCGGGCAGUUGUAUUGGAAUGCUCAAAAGGAGAGCGAUAACUGGUUUUAAUAUGGGAAUGGCUGGUGGAAUUAUAGCCUUUGCCAUCAAAGAAACUAAAAGGAAUGGAUGGGAAGUUAUGCCAUCACAUACAAAAAUGCGAAAGGGAGGAGCUUUUACUUGUUUGGGAGAUUAUUCUUUAACAGCAGAAAGACCGAAGAACUGGACUACCUGUGAGUCAUCAGAAUGAAUUAAUAUUUAUGAAUUAUGUAGAAUUUAAUGUCAAAUAUAAACAAUAAUAAUUAUACCUAUUUGUUUUCAAAUAAAUGUGCGUUAAGUUUUAA